AUGGUGAUAAAACUGGUGAAUAAACCCAUUUGGUUCAUAUGGACGCUAUUUUGUAUAUUCAGAUUUUGUGUUUCAGAAUCGCCAUACAACUCAUCAUUUACGCCAGAUCAUAUACGGUAUCUUAAAUAUGAAACUGCACAAUUAUUUCAACAUGCAUGGAAAUCGUACAUGACUUAUGGGUUCCCCUUUGAUGAAGUACGACCCAUCACUUGUGAGCCAUAUGGGCCUGAUUAUAGAGAUUAUACCAAUACAGUUAGGAAUGAUGCCAUGGCCAAUAUUUCACUGACAUUGUUGGAUAAUAUCGACACUUUAAUAAUUAUGAAACAAUGGGAUGAUUUGGAAUAUGCACUACGGUAUCUCAAGGAUAACCAACCCGGUUUCUUCAAUCAAGAUUCUAUUGUUCAAGUGUUUGAAACGACAAUUCGAUUUUUGGGUGGAUUGUUGAGCACACAUUUGUUAUUGACGGAUGUCACUAAAAACGUUCCACUACCGACGUCAUAUGAUAGAUUAAAGGCAAUUUCUGCAAAAUAUGAUGGGUUCCUACUAGAUAUGGCAUACGACCUUGGCCUUAGACUAAUACCGUCAUACAAAACUAAGACACAUAUUCCCUUCCCUCGUAUCAAUUUGAAAACGGGGUUGAAAAAAGUUCCCCCGGCAUUACAAAAAGACGCUUGCACCUCGGGUGUGACAACUCCAGUUUUGGAAUUUACAUUGCUUUCACGAUUAACAGGCGACUACCAAUUUGAAUAUUAUACUCAACAAUCAUUUUGGAAACUUUGGUCUUCCAAGCUGGCCCUAAAUUUGAUGCCUAUGUCUAUUGACCCGUUCUCAAACCAGUGGAAAGACAAGAUUACUGGAAUCGGAGCCUCCAUUGACUCGUUUUAUGAAUAUGCCGCUAAAUCAGCAAUAAUUUUCAAUGAUGAUGCAAUGUGGUCAGUUUUCCACACUUCUUACAAGGCACUAUUAACUCACCUGGCUCAAGUGAAUCACGGUGCAAUGAUUUUCCCCAAUGUUGGUACCGAAGAUGGUGUCGUUUUCAGUGAUUGGAUAGAUUCAUUGGGAGCUUUUUGGUCAGGAUUACAAGUAUUGACUGGCCAUUUAACUCAUGCAAUCAAAACACAUGUGGUGUAUUUGAAAAUAUGGGAUUAUUUUGAUCUGAUACCUGAGAGGUGGAUUUAUGUUCAUCAUAAUAAAAACAAGAGGAAAAAAUUCAAAGCUGAUGAUUCAAUUGCAUUGGAGUGGUAUCCCUUGCGACCGGAAUUUAUUGAGAGCACGUAUUACUUGUACCGAGCAACGAAAGAUCCAAUGUAUUUGCAUAUUGGAGAGAGAAUUCUAGAUUUGUUCAAGAACAAAUUUAAAGCAAAGUGUGGUUUCAGUGGGGUUCAAAAUAUCAAAACUGGAGAGCCACAAAAUCGAAUGGAAACUUUUGUUUUAGGUGAAACAUUAAAGUAUUUAUAUUUGUUGUUUGACGAGGAAGAUGAGGUGUUUUUACACAAACCUGAGUUGAUGGGUUCCAAGAACUGGGUCUUUUCAACUGAAGCACAUCCAUUGUGGUUUCAUAAAGGGUUAAAGGGCAAGAGGGGUACCAAAUUUGCCUCUACUGGCAUAAUUCCCAGCGAUAUUACUGAUGAACAAUUUACUCCAGCAAUUAUUAAAAACACUACAGUACGUGAGCCUCGCGUUUUUGAAAUCCCAGGCCGCAAUACUAUACCUCACGUUGGCAAGAAAGACCCUUUUGGUGACCGGUUUGAUACAUGUGAGCUAAACCCGUUCGUGAAGAGUGGACAUGGUCUUCUCCAAUCGAGUUAUUACAAUUGGCACAAUUUAUUUGGUGCAGAUUUUUUGUAUUCGAAAUCACUCAUCAAACCGCUGUACUCAAGCAAGACUAAUCUAGAUGGAAGUUAUAUCGAAUUGAGUCGUUCAUUUUUUGACAAGUUUACAUUCUUUGAUACGCCAUUGAAGUCUCAGAGAAUGCCAUCAACAACCACAUAUGAAGUGUUUUGGGGCGACGUAAAGGACUCUGGCUUUGCUGAAGUGUCAGAGUUAACAUUUAUAGGGCAAAACACAACUGAAUCAAUUAUUUUACCUGGUGAUUUAUGGGUUCCUGCUUUACUGGGAUUGAGAAUCAUGGUGGAGGAGAUAACUUUGGGCUCCAUUGAUUCGAGGAAUGUGGUGGUUACGAAAGAGCAUAUUUUGCAUAUUCAGGGUGACACACUAGCUGACAAUCCAAUAAAAAUGGUUUCCGACACCGUAUUGAGGAUCAAAAGAGUUAAUGGAGUAGAAGUCAAGCAGGGGGCUAUCAUUUGGACAUUACCAUUUCAACCGAGUCCUAGAGACAAAGGCGAAAUUGGAAUUACCAAGGAAGGACGGGUUGUGAUUCAAGGCAAAGUUGUCGAAAACUUGAUUAUAUGGUAUGGGUAG